UCCUCUCCUUUUUAUUCUCUCUCCAGCCCCCGGAAACCUUGAAGUCCUAUAGCUCCUGCAGCAAAGUAAAGCUGUGUCUUGGGUACCAGACAGGGUACUUUUGGCUUCCAGCUGCCUCCUGUCUCCCUGGCCUGCCCAAGAUCCUGCUAAGAUAACAGCUACACACCCAUCCAAGCUGUGAGGGCAGGGCUGCAGAGCUGCAGUGCCCCAUCCCUAUCUGGGCACAAUGCCAGUUCACUACGUGACGUACAAAGGCAUUAAAUUCCCCCCUGCCUACAACUCUGAGCACAGCUUGAGUUUUGCCCACAACGAGUUCUUGGUGCGGGAUGAUGAUGUCUUCAAUGUGACCUACCCCAAGUCUGGCACUGUGUGGAUGACCGAGAUCUUGAGCCUCAUUCGCAGCCGUGGCCACCCCAGCUGGAGCCAAACCAUCCUCAAUUCGGACCGUAUGCCUUGGUUCUCCACCCGUCUGGGCCUGGAGGCAGCCCUCAGCUACCCCUCACCUCGUCUGCUGACUUGCCACCUCCCUAGGCACAUCUUCCCCAAGUCUUUCUCCCAUUCCACUGCCAAGGUUAUUUACACCCUACGGGAUCCUCGAGAUGUCGUUGUCUCCUACUACUACUUCUCCAAGAUGUGCAGCAGCUAUGAGGACCCCACGUCCUUUGACCAGUUCCUGAGGGACUUUCUCAGUGGAGAGUUGCCCCAUGGAUCCUGGUUUGAACAUGUCCAAGGCUGGAUGGAGAUGAAGGACCAGGAAAACUUCUUCUUCAUCACCUACGAAGAGCUGAAACAGGACCUGCAAGGCAGUGUGAGACGCAUCUGCCAGUUCUUGGGACAGGAUUUAGAUGAUGCUGCUGUCUCCUCGGUAGUUCGAAAUGCCUCCUUCUCAGCCAUGAGGGAGAACCCCAUGUGCAGCUCUGUCCUGCUCCCUGCGGACAUCAUGGACCAGACUAAGGGACAGUUCCUGAGGAAGGGCGUCUGCGGGGACUGGAAGAACCAUUUCACAGUGGCACAGAGUGAGACCUUCGACAGGAUCUAUCAGGACAGGAUGCAGGGCCUGAACAUGGCCUUUCCCUGGGACAGACAUUAGGAUCCAGACCUAACGGAAGCCAGCUGAGCACUGGAUAAAAACUAGCUAUUGGCACCAGGGCUACCUGUCUCUUUUCUGCCACUGCCUUGGACCCAGGGAUACAAACAUCUCUAAACCUCGGCGUGCAAGCAGUUAAUUCACACCCCUUCUGCUUGGGGAUUGAACCUCCUGAGUUGUACAUCUCUUGUCUGUUCCAUCCCUCAACCUUUUUUGGCCUUGAGAUAAGCUCUGGGCACCCACCAGGGUAGGACACAUGUGUGCACACCCCUGAGAGCACACAGGUGAAACAUGUCCUAUCCACGGAGCACAGAUCAGGUCAGCUUGUUCAGUAGCUGCAGCCAGCUGAGACAUUUCCCUGGGACUUCUCACUGAAUGCACUGUGGUCUCUUACUUCAAGGUUCAGUUACUCAGACUCCUUUUCCAGCAGAAGAGCCCAAGGAAAAUAGAACAAAUAGAGCUGUUUUAGCAAAAAAAGUUCAGUUCAUGGUUACCCUUUCUCCCCCUAACUCACUCCUAAAUGCAGGGCCCUCACUAACAGGUAGGAACUAAUAUAUGCUCAGGGCAAGUGCUAGGUGCUUUUAUAGCCUCCAGAGGGAGAAUGCAAAGCGAGUACGCUUCACGUGUCUUAGCAUGCAUCUCCUCAGACACACAGAGAGCAUCCUUCACGUUUUUAUACCCUUACAUCUCACCUCAGAUCAACCAGCUGCAGUUAUAAAUCCUACCUUUCAGCGGGGCACAAAUAUCAGGUCCCAAAUGAGAUAACUCUUUUUACACUUGAUUCAGUUCUCACCUGUUCCCUCUGUCUUAAAAACAUGCACACUAAUCCUGCCCAACCCUCUCUGCUAGACUGACCCACUUAUUUUCUCCAGGGAAAACCAGAGCACAGCUUUGCUCACACCAGAGCCUGCCCCAGAUGAGCUAAGCAGAGUAGUAGCAAACUCCUUUUGCCUCUCAAAGUUCUGGCACUAUUCUGGCCAGCUCUGACUCCCUCUGCACACACUUCCCUGUCACUCCCCGGUACACCCAACACAUCUGAUCUUCUUCCUAUAGAAAAUAACUCUGGCAGGCGUGAAAAAGAUCCCUUUAUUUCAAAUAUUUUGAUCUGAAAAACACAGCACAUCUAUCCUUACACCUAAAAAAGACAAUGAGCAUCUCCAGGUGAAGCACUAUGAAAAACAUCCAAUGCAGUAGGUCUGAUGACAAAAGGACAAAUGGCAGAGUUCUCACUGUAAGAAUGUCAAUGAUACUGAAGCUUUUUCCUGGCAUGUCUGAGAAAGUGGUGAUAUUACUGAAAGAUAGCAUGAGCACUGAUGAUCAAGAUGAUCAAGUCAAACUGCCAAGGCACUUCAUGGUAAAUUAAAUGUUAAAGCAUACUAUUAACAGCAUUAUCCAAACACCUCUUGCCAUGGUUUUGGCUGACAUAGAGAUAAUUUAUUUACAUAGAGACUUGUAUGAUACUGGGUUUGGGAUUUUUGAUGAAGAUAGUGGUGAUAACACACCAGUGUUUUAGUUGUCACAGAGCAGUGCUUGCACAGAGUCAAGGACAUUUCAGCUUCUCAUGUUGUCCUGAAAGUAAGGAGGCUGGGGGUGCACAAGGAGCUGGGAGAGGACAGAACCAGGAUAGCUGACCCCAAGUGGCCAAAGGGGUAUCCCAUACCAUGUUCAGCAGUAAAAGCUAGCGUAAAGAAGGAGGAGAAGGCGACACUUGGAGUGACGGUGUUUGUCUUCCCAAGUAAGUUACACACGAUGAGCCCUGCUUUAUGUGAUGUGUCUGAACAUCUGCCCGCUGAUGGGUAGGAGUAAACUAAUUCCUUCUUUUGCUUUGCUUGCAUGCAAAGCUUUUGCUUCAUCUAGUCAACUGUCUUUUUCUCAACCUGUGAGUUCUUGCACUUUUACCUGUCCUUGUAAAUGACUCUCCUGGUAGAGAGCGAGCAAGCAGUUUUUUGGUGCUGAGCUGCCUGCUGGAUUAAAACACAUCACUUUUGAACACUGACAGUCAUGAGGCAUCAACCACCCCUCUAGAAAGCUUAUUCCAGUACUGACCACCCUCACAGCAAAGAAAUUUUUCCUAAUAUCUAGUCUGAACCUCCCCUGCUGCAGCUUUGUGCCAUUCCCAUGAAUCCUAUCAUCAGCUUCUAGGGAGAAGAGGCUGACACUUCACUCCGUGCAUCCCUUCCUCAGGAAGCUGCAGAGAGCAAUGAGGUUGUCUCUUGGCCUUCUUGUCUCCAAACUAGACAACCCAAGUGUCCACAGCCUCUCCUGUGGGAGAAUCACCUCUUUUUGCCAGCUGGCUAUGCUGUGUUUAACGCAUCUCAUUUUUUUUUUUUUUUUUUUUUUUUUGACAAGUGGUUGGCCUUGUCAUAGAAGGAGACUGAUCUACUAAAGCAGGAUUUUCCCUUUAUGACUCAUGUUGACUCUGCCUGAUAACAGCUUUGUUCCUUAAUGUCAUUCAAUAACUCCCAGGACAGUCUUCUGCACAACUUUUCCAGGAUGGAUGUCAAACUAACACGUCUGUAGUUUCCUGGGUCUUCUCUCAUGCCCUUUUUAUGUCUCAGUGUAACAUUGCCUAGUUUCCAGUCAGCAGGGACCUCUACGCACUCCCAAGAUCUUUGUUAAGUUGUAGAGAGGGGUACAGCUGCUUCCUUCACCUGAAGAGCACCACAGAGGAAUUCCAGCCUCUCCAGCCAGUAAGGAAGCUUCAUCAGGGGUCUAACAAAAUGUCUCUAUACUAACUAAACUAGAAUAAACCAGAGGAGUUAGAGAUGUAGGGCUAGGCUGGGGGUGCAGCAGGAACUGGGAGAGGACAGAACCAGGACAGCUGACCCAAACUGGCCAAAGGGGUAUUCCAUACCAUAUGGCAUCAUGCUGAACAAUUAAUAUGGGGGGCUGGCCAGGGUUGUGGGGGCUGCUCUGGGACAGGCUGAUAGGAGUGAUAGGGAUACAAUGUUCAGGGAAAAAUCAUCCAGAAGAACAAAAUCACACCAAAUUACUAAGGAGAGAAUAUGACAGAAUGGCUUAUUGGGUCAUAAUUAAAAAGCCAACAGUACAAAAUGAAAUACAUAGAUCAAAGGUUAUAGCAGGUAAUAAGAAUACAUUGCGUAAUCACAUCUGCAACAAGGGAAAGAGUAAGGAAAGUUUACCAGCAAUGCAGAGAAGAAGAGAAGCUAGUGAAAGUUUAUACAAACCAUGCUGAAGUGUUUAAUUUUUUCGCACUUUCUUCCAUUCUUACUAAAAUAUUUACUAUUUUGACAGGGCUAAAAUAAUUACAAGUAACAAUAAAGGUGGAAGUCAAGUUGAAAUACUGAGUGUACACCUAGGAAAGACAGAUAUUUUAAUCUUAAUUUGAAAUCCCAAUCCUUUCAAAAAUAACCCUUUAAUAUUUUUGUGAAAUGGCAAUGAUUGUCAUCAACAAUGCUUGUGAGAUGGGGGAGAUUCCAGGUAACUGGCAGCUUUGACCUGGUGUGUAUGCUUAGGAAUGAAUGAAUGAAUAAAUGGAUGAAUGAGAGAAAAAAUAUGAUCAUGAUAGGAAAGAAGAAAGGGUGGAAAGAAGGAAGGGAGGCUGGGAAGAAAGGAAGGAAGCAACCCCAGUGUAUUUUAGAAGAUUUAGUCUAAGUUCAGUUCCUGGAAAAAUACAGAGCAGAGAGCCAAUACUUCUAUUUGUAGUCACCUAGUAGAUAACAUUCUAGGAGUUAUCAGUGAACACAGGUUUGUUGAGUUUAGCUAUCAAGUGAGCAAUCAACUGUACAAAUACAAAUCGGGAAUUACUGGCCAACACAGACAGACAGAACCUAAGGAUCAGUAUCAAAGCGCAACAGGCUGCAAAUCAGUAACAUAUGGGUGUUGUGAAAAAACAAAAACAAACAAGCAAACAAACAAAAAAACACACACACAAAAAAACACACAAACCUCAUCUGAGACUUCUAUAACAAGGGUUCUCAUUUACGAGUAAUGUGUGUGACACGCUUAUCUUCCCAUGGGCUCUGGGGUCUCUGCCACACAUCAGUGCCUGGGUGUAGGCAUCAGUCUUUGAUAAAGGUGUUGGCCAGAUGCUGGCCUGCUUGAGAUAGACCAUGAGUGAGGCAGCAACUGCUAUCAGAACAUAGAAAACAGAGCAAAGAUGGGGAGGGUAAAAAGUCUGCUUGAUGGACAAACCCUGAAACUAAGCAGAUGGAUGUGAACAGUCUUCAGACAAUAGGAUAUGAAACUCAGCUGCUGAGUUAGAUGAAAUGCUCUCUUUCACCACACACAGCUUUGAUAUUAAAUGUAAUAAUAAAAUCUGAAUAAAAUUUGUACUGAUGCA